CAGUGCUCUUUUUUUUCGGUCGUCUUAACCGCUACUAUUUUUUUUAUAUAUAUACAGUUUUGUUUCUUUUUUGAACGCAUAGGUGCAUAGUAUAUACAUGACUACUUCUUUUACUACGAAUGGCAUGAGUGGGGCUGGUUCCUCACUCUUGCUAGAGACGACACAACGAUUUCUCGAGCAAGACAAUAGGAGUCUUGUCAGCAAACGACACAGUCGAUCGUUGGACCUUCCUGACACCCUGAGGACAGUUGCCACUGGCUCACGUACAAGUGCGAUGAUACCGUCUUCAACUCCGCCUAUGUGCACGACGCCUUUGACGAGUGGAUCAAGUACGAUGAAACAUCAACGAUCAGCUUCAGAGAGUGACUUUAAAAACCAUAUGAAGAAAUCAGGACAGCAGGAUCCGAACAGUCAUAGUAUGGCUAGUCCUUCUCCUAGCACGACCACUGUACCUCCUCUUCCUUUAGCCUCUCCGCCUACUGACAGCCAUCAUUAUAAUAAUAUCUUUAAAAGUUAUCGUAAAAAGUUGGCAAGGACUUCUAUUGGUUCCGCUUUUUCGAUCAAUUUUAAUAUGAAACAGCAAAAUGCCAACAAAUAUGCCAAUCAUGGUUUAGAAACGAGUAGUUCAAUAGGCAUUAUUGAAGAAAAGGAGGAGCAUCGACCAUCACGAAAACAACAACAACAACAACAACAACAACAGCAGCAAUGUAAACAACAACAAAAGAGCAGCAAUCUUCUGCAGGAACAGAAGAAUAAUACGAGUUUAGAAAAACGAUCUCUACCGACCAAUCUUAAAGACGAUAUCAACCAAUUUGCCAUUGAAGGAUUCGCUCGAAAAUAUUUUGCAACGCAUAAAAAGGGGCUGUUAUUAUUUAAGCGUACGAUACCCAGAAAUGAACUGUUAUGUUGGACAAAGGACAACCUCAAACAGCCCCUCAUUCUUAACCCGACGGUUUCCAACAGCCAUAAAAAGGAUGCUUUGAGAUGCUUCAAGAUUCUGCAAAUGCUCAUGAAAGACCGACCUCGACCGCGGCAAUUUAACGCUAUCACCAGCUGUCAAGAAUUGCUCAACUACGGUAUCACGAGGGGUCCAUUACGAGACGAGAUUUAUGUUCAAAUAUGUCGGCAGCUCAACCAUAAUCCUCGUCCAGAGAGUCGUCGAUUAGGCUGGGUGAUCUUCUGCGUCCUUUGUAUUAGCUUUCCGCCUUCCAAGAAUUUGGAGAGCUAUCUGUAUCGAUUCGUUGAGCAGCAACAAAAGGAACAGCGCCACCACGAGGACGACAACGACAACGACAACGACAACGACAACGACAACAACAACGACGGCGUUGGCGACGGCGUUGGCAACGGCGACCACGAUGAUAACAGCAAAAAGGAAAAUGAUAUUGUGAUUUUGACAGAAUAUGUACAACACAAACUGAAGAGAAUAUGCGAACGAGGAGCACGAGGCAAAGUACUGGCGGAAGCAGAGAUUGAAAGGGCCAUGAUAGCUCCUUUCAAACCGUCUGUUUUCGGUGAAUCUUUGGACACCAUUAUGGAAUUAAACGCGCCAUGGCAAGACCUUAAGAUACCCAAAAUUGUUCAUUUUCUGACAGAAAGCGUCUAUGAGUUCAAUGGUAUUAUGACAGAAGGCAUUUUUCGUAUACCUGGUGAUGCAGACGCCGUCACUGAUUUGCGUAUUCGUAUUGAAAAUGGUCACUAUGACGCUACCGGUGUUCAUGAUCCUCACGUUCCUGCUUCUUUAUUGAAAUUCUGGCUACGAGAUUUGGCAGAGCCUUUGAUUCCCUCUGAAUAUUACCAUGAUUGUAUUGAAUUUGCGCAAAACAAGGAUAAAUUGUUGGAUUUGGUAAAUUCCUUACCCGAUAUCAAUCGACGCAUCACCUUGUAUAUGAUUCGAUUUCUGCAGGAUUUUGCUGAAGCGGAGGUCAUUGAAAAGACACGUAUGAACGUAUUUAAUCUGGCUAUGGUAUUUGCUCCCAACUUUUUAAGAUGUCCUUCAGCGAACUUGACAACGAUUUUCGAGAAUUCAAAAUAUGAACAAGCCUUUUUGAAAACACUGAUCACGGUUCUCGAUAUUGAUAAACAGCAAUGCCUCUACCAUAGUGAUGAAGUGUAUGCCAAACUGAAGAAGCAAUAAUGAUAGAGGAGCGGGGCCUUUCUUACUAUCAUGGUAUCCAUUUCGUUCAUUUUUACAAUCUACCAUCCAGUCAUUUUCUUUUUUUUUUUUUUCCUCUACUACUAUCUUUCGACCU